AUGCUCUCAGAAACGAUUACCGUUCCUCCUUAUGACGGCUAUCCCCUGUUCUUGACUGCCAAAAGAUACUGGACGUCCUCUAGUCCUGUGCAUGCAUCCCAAGCUUCGGAUGCAUUGACGCUGCUAUGUCUUCACGGAACAAGCUUUCACAAAGAGAGCUGGGAGCCUACUUUGGAAAAGAUUUUCGAUCUCGCUUCUUUAGGCGGGCCAGUGCGGAUCCGGGAGGCGUGGACGCUUGAUUGUCCCAAUCAUGGCGCAUCGGCAGUGCUCAACGAGGCGGUGUUGCAGACACCAGAAUUUUAUUUAAACUUCAGCUGCGAGAAAUACGCCAAGGCGACGCAUCGCUUCUUAUUAUCCAAAUCUGCACAUGGAAUCGACUUUAGAACGCGCAACCUUGUGGGUGUGGGACAUUCACUUGGAGGCGUGUCAAUGACGAUGCUGCAGUAUAUGUCAUCCGCGGUUCCUUUCUCGUCGAUAAUACUUGUCGAACCGCUGCUGAGUCCAGAAGGUGCUCAUCAUUUAAAACAGUUACGCUCCAUUCUUAUCAAGGGCGCAUACGAACGUCGGGACGUAUGGCCAGACCUCACGACGGUCAUGGUGUCCCUCAAGAGUCGUGGUAAUCGGACAAAGAAGUGGGACCCUCGGAUCCAACAGCUGUAUAUUCAACAUGCCAUCCGACCUCAUCCGGGUUCUUAUCACGUUGAAAAUCCUUAUGUGGGCUUCUCACUUGCUUGCACCCGGGACCAAGAAGCGGCCAUGUAUCGAGAUCCAGAAGGCGCUACCAAGCCUAUCGGCGACUUGAACAAAGUUUGCGCGAGUCGGCCGGUGCAUUUGGUCUUAGGUGGUAUCCAUGACUUCCUACCGAAACAUGUGCACGAAGCGAUUGUCGAUCCCAGUUCCGGGCGACAGUUUGCUUCUAUCACUACGAUUCCGGAGUCUGGCCAUCUGGUACCCCAAGAGCAGCCCGACAAACUAGGGGAAAUUAUAUUUGGUACUUUAGUUUCGAACGGGACGCCACCAGGACGAUCAAAGUUAUAAACUGUUGACCUGUAAUUUAUAUAUCGGAACAUAAGAAUGU